CUUUGCGCCUUGUUCUCCCUUGGUUUUCAGCCGUUCGGAUUGCACAGGGGAGCGGUGAGAGCUCCGGAGAUCCACCGGCAGCCGCUGCGGGGCAGCUCCCGUCUGGGAGACAACUCCAGACAACAGGCCCCGAUCCUCGGCGGGGAAAGGCCGGGCGCCUCCGUGUAGCUGAAACAUCUCACGGAAUCUCCGCCGGUCGCUUCAGCUCUGCCUUCGAAAGGAUUCACGACCCGCCGGUGGUGCAGCCGAAACCCGAGGCGCAGCUCCCGGUCUCCGGCCCACUCGGUCCCGGUCCAAACAGCGUCCCGCCCACUGACACCCCUCAGCCAAUGAGAGCUCCUUCUCCCAGCGGUGAUCGCUGAUUGGCUGUGAGUGUGAGAGGACGGGCUACUACUGGGAGCUGGAGAUGUCAGUCACAGUUUGUUCACAGAAUUAAAGGAAAAUCCCCGAAACUCAAAUUUCAAAGCAAAUUUUAUUAUCAGAUAAGUCACCACAUACAACCCCGAGAAGCAUUUUCCUGCGGACGUACUUAGAAAAAGUAUAGAAUAGUAAACAUAACAGAAGCAGGCAGUGAAAGAUCAGCCAGAGUGCUGAAGGUAACAAACUGUGCGAAUGCAAAUACAGGAACAGCGAUAAAAUAACAACGUGAUUUAGAAAAUAAGAAACAGGAGCAGGCGUUGCCACUCGGCCCGUUGCACUGUUCUGCCCCUCACUCAGAACAUGUUGAACUUUGACCUCAGCGCCACUUUCCUGAAACGUUCCCAACAUCGCCGAGCUCCUAAAUAUGUCCGUUUACUUUAGGAAACUUGUGGAGAAAACUCCAAAUAUUCACUGCACUGUGUUGGGGAAAUUUCUCCUCAUCUCAGUCCUGCUGAGGUGGCCUCGGAUUUUGAGUCUGCGAUCCCUGGUUCCACUGCCCAGCCAGGAAAAACAUCAUUCCUGCCCCUACCCUGUAAAUACCCUGUGAGACUGUGUCUGUCUCAGUCAGGAAGUUUCUCCAUGUGAACCUUGUGUUAAUGAAAUUGGUGACAGUUCUUUCAGACCAGCAGCUUUGACCACAAGAACACCAGACAGUGGUCAGCACGGAAUGUCCUGCAGUUACUGCAGGAGAAGGACUGGAUGGACACAGUGGAGUGGUUCCCUGAGCAGACAUUCCAGAACAUCUGGCAGAAUGCCUCAUCACCAGAUCUCUCCAACGGGCAGCACGAUUACUGCUGUCCUGAUGAAGGGUCUCGGCCCGAAACGUCGACAGUGCUUCUCCCUACAGAUGCUGCCUGGCCUGCUGUGUUCCACCAGCAUUGUGUGUGUGUUGUGUGAUUCCCCGAGUCUGCAGCGCGCGUAGUGGACAAUCCCGGUACUGCAGGGGAUCAGCAACUCCCCGAAAGUGAAAGCAUUCUGAAUCAGGAAGUGCUGGAGUUAACAUGGCUUCGAAAGGAGAGACCGAGAGUUUGAGCGAGGAGGUGAUUUGUCCGGUCUGUCUGGAUUUCUUCACCGAUCCGGUUAUUCUGGAGUGUGGACACAACUUCUGUCGGUCUUGUAUCACACAGUGUUGGGAAAGGGAGCAGAAAAACUCCUGCCCGGAAUGUAGAGAGGAGUUUGCUGACCGCACCCUCAGGGUGAAUCGGGCCUUAGCAAAUCUGACACAAAAAGUUCGGAAUCUAAGCCUGAAUCCGAAAGGGAAGGAAAGUAAACGUCACUGCGAGGAACAUGAGGAAGAAUUGAAGCUGUUUUGUGAAACGGACAAGACACUGAUCUGUGUGAUCUGCAGAGACGCGCAGGAACACAGAGAGCACCGCUUCAUGCCGAUUAAAGAAGCUGUUAAAAUCUACAAGGAUCAGCUAAAAUCUUCCUUAGACUCUCUCACAAAAAAGGAAUCAGACUUCCAGGAAAAGGAGCAGCAACAGAAAGAGAAGAUUUCCGGAGUUCGGGAACAGUCACACAGCCUUCAGUCCCACGUCACAUCCCAGUUUGCUGAACUGCGCCAGAUUAUCACUGAGAAAGAGCAGAGCUUACUCAGGGAUCUCAGGGAAGAAGAGAAGAGGAUUCUCAACCCAAUGGAGAAAAAUCUUCUAGCACUUCAACAGAAUAUAAGGAGUAUUCAGGAGGAAAUCACUAAGUUAAAGGAACAGAUGGAUCAGAAAGAUGGUGUGAUAUUUCUCAAGGAGGAAGCUCGUCGGAACAGAAGGAUUAAUGACGAUGUCCAGGAAUUGUCAGUGACAGAUGAGACCCUACCGGUUGAAAAAUUCGAUCACCUCUAUUUGUUGAACACAGUGCUGAGAGAAAUGCUUGAUGCUAUUAAUCGAGUCUCUGUCACCCUGGAUGUGGAAACGGCGAGUCCGUGGCUCGAGGUGUCUGGGGAUCGGAAGAGUGUGAGAUGGACCGGGACCCGGAGGAAUCUCCCUGACACCGGGAAGAGAUUCACAGACCGGCCUUGUGUGCUGGGAUCGGAGGGAUUCCCAUCGGGGAGACAUUACUGGGAGGUGGAGGUGACGGGGAAUCGGUUCUGGGGUCUGGGAGUCGCCGCAGAGUCUGUGGAGAGGAAGGGAUGGGUCAGUCUGAGUCCGGAGACCGGAUUCUGGGUCAUCAGGCGGAGUUAUGACGUGUUAUAUCGGGAUUAUGACGUGUCCGGUCGCCCCUCCCCCGAGUCCCGUCUCGCUGCCCGUCCCAUCCCCGGGAGGGUGGGAGUUUAUCUCAGUUACGAGUCCGGGACAGUUUCAUUUUACAACGCGGAGACCAAGUCCCAUCUCCACACCUUCACUGGGAAUAAAUUCACGGGGAAACUUUAUCCUUUCCUCGCAUCCGGGGAUGUGAACCAGUGGCUGAGAAUCUGCUCCGGUUCCGCUCCGGGUCUGUAAACGGGUCGGGUCCCGGGACCGGCGUCAGGAGUAAAGUCCCUGUAAAUAUAAAUGUGCGGAGAGUGCAGCUAAAUACGUGGCUCAGGGGAUGGUGCAGGAGGGAGGGCUUCAUGUUUCUGGUCAAUUGGGCUUUGUUCCCGGGAAGGUGGGGCCUGUUCCGACGGGACGGUUUGCCCCUAAACUGGGCGGGGGGGAGGGGAGGAAUAAAAUUCUUGCGGGUAGAUUUGCCAGUGCUGCUCCGGGGAAUUUAAUCCAGAUUUGCAGAGGGAGGGGAACCAGAGUGUUAGAGCAGAUAGUGAGGUGCAGGAGGAUAAGGAACAUGAGAGGACUGCAUGUAUAAACGGAAAUGAAAAAAAAAGCGGAUGAUAUACAUAUUCUCAGGUACAUCUAUUUCAAUGCACGGAGUAUUGUCGGUAAAACAGAUGAGUUUAGGGCUUGGGUUGACACGUGGGAUAACGACAUGACUGCUAUUAGUGAGGGGCAGAACUGGCAGCUCAAAGUUCUGGUAAAAUUGGAGAACGGCCAAUUUUGUGGAAAUGAAAAAGGAUCCAGGAAGAGUGGAUUGGGAUAAGCUUUUUUUUCUGGCAAGGAUGUGUUCAGUAAGUUCACAGGCAUAAGAAAUUAAAGAGAGAUUGGGUUGGCAAUGUUAUAGCAACUUCAUUUAAUUCAAAAUCGAGAGGAGUUGCAAUUUCGGUUAAUAAAUCUUUACCUGUGGGGAGAUAUGUGAUUAUACAUUGUCAAAUUUUUUCAGAAUUAUGGAAUUUUAUGAACAUUUAUGCACCAAAUGAAAAUGAUGCAAAAUUCAUACAAGGAGAUUUUUUGAACUUGGCUGACGCAAAUGAUAAAAUAUUAAUAGGCGGAGAUUUUAAUUUUUGUUUAGAUCCAGUUUUGGAUAGGUCAACUAAAGUUGUUACAAAAUUAAAAGUAAUAAAACUAACUUUAUCAUUAAUGAAAGAUUUAAACCUGAUUGAUAUAUGGAGGAAAAUUAAUCCAAGAGAAAGAGAUUAUUCAUUUUAUUCAAAUAGACAUAAAGCUUAGAUGGAGAUUAAAUACAAUUUUAUUAAAACGUCAAGAUUUUUGUGAUUUUAUGAAAAAACAGAUUCAAUUUUUUUUGGAUACAAAUUUACAUUCAGUUGAGGGUAAAAUUGUAUUAUAGGAAGCGAUGAAAGCAUAUUUAAGGGGUCAGAUUAUAAGUUAUACAUCUAAAAUUAAGAAGGAAAAUUGGGAAAAGAUAUCAUAAAGUUAGAAAAAGAAUCUCAAAGAUAUAUGACAGAACAAAAACAAAGACAACUUGUUAAUAAAAAACUACAAUAUAAUACACUCCAGACAUAUCGUACAGAAAAAGUAAUUAUGAGAACUAAACAGAAAUAUUACGAAUUAGGUGAAAGAUCACAUAAAAUUCUUGCUUGGCAGUUGAAAACAGAACAGGCUUUUAAAACAAUAAAUGCAAUUAGAACAAGUGUAAAUAAGGUUGCUGAUAAACCUUUAGAAAUUAAUGAAACUUUAUUUUUUUUAUAUACUGAACUAUAUCAAUCAGAAUCACAAAAUAAGAUUACUGAGAUGGAUAAAUUUUUAUCACAAAUAACCCUUCCAAAAUUUAAUUUGGAAGAACAGAAAGGAUUAGAUAUGCCCUUUACAUUAAAAGAGGUUGAAGAAGCUUUAGGAUCACUUGAGAGUAACAAAUCCCCAGAAGAAGAUGGUUUUCCUCCUGAAUUUUAUUAAAAAAUUAGACAUAUUAAUUCCUCCCUUUAUGGAAUUAAUAUACCAAGUGGAAAGAAUGCAUAAACUCCCACAAUCUUUUUUAACAGCGAUCAUAACUGUAUUGCCAAAAAAAGAGAUCCUCUAAAACCAACAUCAUAUAGGCCUAUUUCUUUGUUGAAUACAGAUUAUAAGAUAAUAGCAAAAAUUUUAUCUAAUAGAAUAUCUAAAUAUUUACCAAAAUUAAUGCAUAUGGAUCAAACAGAUUUUAUUACAAUCAAUGGAUAAUCUAACCUGGUUACUUAGUAUAAUUCAUCUGGCACAAAAAAGAGAGGAAAUGAGUGUGGCAUUUGCUUUGGAUGCAGAAAAAGCAUUUGAUAAAUUGGAAUGGGAUUUUUUUGUUUAAGGUAUUGGAAAAAUAUGAGCGAGGAAAAUCUUUUAUACAAUGGAUUAAAACCUUAAAUACUCAUCCUCAAGCUGAAGUAGUUACAAAUGCUCAGAUUUCAACACCAUUUUGCUUAACGAGGUCAACUGGACAAGGCUGCCCGUUAUCACCUGCUUUAUUUGUAUUGGCAAAAGAACCAUUAGCUGAAUUAAUUAGAACAGAUUCAGAUAUUGGCGGUUUUAGAGUUAAUCAAGAAGAAUAUAAAAUUAAUUUAUUUGCUGAUGAUGUUUUGAUUUAUUUUACAAACCUAUUACAAUCUUUGCAAAGAUUAUCUUUUAAAUUGGAAGAAUACGGGAAAGUAUCAGGGUAUAAAUUAAAUUGGGAUAAAAGUGAAAUUUUACCCCUUACCAAUUAUAAUCAAUGUCGAUUAGUAACUCAAUUUCGAUGGUCAAUAAAUGGGAUAAAAUAUUUAGGUAUCAGAGUUGACAAUGAUGUAAAAAUUUAUAUAAACAAAAUUAUUUGCCAUUAUUAAAAAAAAUAAAAGAGGAUCUUGAUAAAUGGAUGAUGUUACCAAUAACAUUAAUAGGUAGAGUUAAUGCUGUAAAAAUGAAUAUAUUCCAUAGAUUGCAAUAUUUAUUCCAAACUUUACCAAUACAAUUACCGCAGAAGUUUUUUCAAGAACUAAAUAAAUAUGUAAGGAAAUUUCUUUGGAAAGGAAAGAUGUCAAGAAUAUCAUUGGAAAAAUUGAGAUGUAAAUUUGAUUUAGGAGGGUUACAACUUCCAAAUUUUAAGAAUUAUGAUAAAGGAAAUCAACUUAGAUUUAUUGCAUCUUUUUUUGAUGAAAAAAAAACCCGGCAUGGAUUAGAAUAAAAUUAGAUAAGAUAGGAGAAAACAUACCAGAAGAUUUUACAUACAAAUGGGAAUCCAAAUUGAUAUGGGAAAAAAAAGAAUCUCCUAUAUUAAGACUCUUGAUUGAUUUAUGGAAUAAGGUAAAUAUGGACGAUAAGAUAAAGAAAUCUUUAUUAGCAAACUUUAAUUCAAAAUAGGCUUAUUCCUUUUACAAUGGAUAAUAAACUUUUACAUAAUUGGUUCCAAAAGGGGAUUAAAUAUAUACGUAAUUGUUUUGAAGGAGGUAUAUUGAUGUCGUUUGAUCAAUGAAAAAAUAAAUAUAAAAUAUUAAACAACACUCUUUUCUCUUAUUUUCAAUUAAAGGACAAUUUACGAGAAAAGCUGGGUCAAACAAUGUUGAUGCCAAAACUUAGUGAAAUAGAAAUAUUAAUUCAAAAAGGAAAAAUUUAAAAAAAUACAUCUUGUAUGUACAAUUUGAUUCAAAAACAGACUGAAUCUGGAAUUCAUAAAUCAAGACAAAAAUGGGAAACUGAUUUGAAUUUUAAAAUUGUUGGAAAAAGUUGGUCAAGAUUAUGUUCUGAUAGUAUGAUAAAUACAAUAAAUGUUCAAAUUAGAUUAAUACAAUAUAAUUUUUACAUCAAUUAUAUAUAACACCACAGAAAAUAAAUAGAUUAAAUUCAAAUAUGUCUGACCAAUGCUUUCGAUGUAAUCAAGAAAUUGGUACUUUUUUACAUUCUACUUGGUCUUGUUUUAAAAUUCAACCAUUUUCAAUAUAUCUGACUUUUAUUGGAACAAAGUACUGGAGUUCAACUCCCAAAUAGUCCAAUAUUAUUUUUAUUAGGAGAUAUUGAAAGGACAAUACCGAAAAUUAAAUUGAAUAAGUAUCAGAAAAAAUUGAAAAAUAUUGCAUUGGAAGUAGCUAAAAAAGUUAUCGCAAUUACUUGGAAAUCUGAGUUAUAUUUAACUAUGGAUCAUUGGAAUAAUGAAAUAUAUUGUUGUAUUCCACUUGAAAAAAUUACAUAUAAUCUAAGAAAUGAAUAUGAUAUAUUUUUCAAAAUUUGGCUCCCAUACCUACAAAACAUGGGAUUAAAUAUAGAGGUCCUUUGAAGAUAAAAUUAUAAUGUAAUUGGGGAAAGUAAGAAUACAUAUAAAUAUUAUUUUGAACUCCAUGGAGCAUGUGGGUAUCCUCCAAUAUCGAGGCAAUCUUUUUCUUCCUUAUUUCUUUCUUUAGAUAAGGGUUAAGGUGGGGAGGGGGAGGAGGAUUAAUAUUAUUUUUCUUUUUCUUACUAAUUUUUCAUUACAUUUAUUCUUUGUAAUUUUCUAAAAAUUUAAUAAAUAAAUAAAAAGAGCAUCCCAGUAAUCCAACAGCCCACUCAUCUUUGCUACCCUUUAUGUCAUUUCCUUACGUUUAACACAAUUAUUACGUGCCUUUUCCAGCUCAAACUGUGAAUUGAUUUAAAGUCAGUCCCAUAAUUUAAUAGCUUUUAUUUGAAAACUAUCUACCCUCGCAAAGAUUGUACUUAAGACUGCAUUUGAUUUUUCUUCAGCCUUGUACGCUUCACAUUGAAGUAGUAUGUGUUUCGACGGUUUCAUAAUGACAAAAUGUACACGACACAGAAUGAAGUUUUCCAAUUAGUUACAAGGCGUAAUUAAGCAUAGUGUGGAUAUUUCUGUCAUGUGAAUAUCAUUCCUUCACUUGUUUUAAGCCCUUCUUCUAUAAACCCAACAGGUUUAUGUAUUCUGGAAAGGUGUCUGUCUUUACGUCCAUUAUCCUACGUCUUGCCAUAAGCCCCUAAUUCUUAACACUACCAACCCUAUAGCUUCUAAUUUGCUAAGUGGAAGGUCUAUAUCCACAGCUUAACAUUUAACAGCUUUUGGAGCUAAACAAUCAAAAUCAUCAUUUACCUCAACAGUGUGAUAUGCAGGCCCCAUAAUGUGCAGACAUAUAAAUCAAACUUUAUAUAUGAAAUACCGUUUGACAAGUUUCCAACAGUCAAUGUGACCUACUGCCAGAAUGACCUGUUUAAGACUCAUCAAAACCGAAAUGUAUUCUGAGCAAAUUAUAAGGACCACUUUCUUCCAUCCACUGUAAGCCUAAACUGUUGGCAAAGAAUUCUGCCUUCUGUGCUGAUAAAUGGCUAUAAGUCAUUUCUUUAUCAUUACCUGCAAUUCAGGCACACAAAAACAGCCACACCAACAUCCCCAAUUAAAUUAUCUUUUGAUUCAUCUGUAAAAAUGGUUACUGUAUGAUAAUAACUUUCAUUAAUAAACUGAUGACCAACAGACUCUCAGGCAGAACUGAAUCCGAUCGUGUAAAAACUAAAAUCACCUGAAGUCAUUGGAAAAAACAAUGUGGGGUUACAGAGAAAGCUACAGUGGGACAUACUGUAUCAUCAAAUACACCCGUAUUCCCAGCGUGGAAAGAACCCAGCCACCCAAAACAAAAAACACUCUUCUAGUGAUGUCCCCAACCGUCCUCCAGCGCACCUUUAACAGGAUGAUCAUUUCCUUGACCCGCAAAUUAAUCCAGUAUGUUGACAUCAACUUGAAUCUUUGAGGGCAAUUGUCCCAUUGCAAUCAGUAAAGCCAAAACAGGAGACAACAUUACCGCACCAGAACACAAUCUAAAAGUCUGUAAUUGUAUCACAUACAAACACUUUUAAUUUGAAGAUGAAGCUGAUCCACAAGCCACACAGACAUAAUCAAGAACAGAUCAAAUUAAACAAAUAUAAUUGGUAAACAAAGAUUUUCAUGUUGCACCCAAGAAUACCCACAUAGAUGUCUGAGGAGAUUUAAAGCUCCUUUACAUUUAUCAAUUAUUUUACUGAUAGUUGCUUCCCCGUCAGCUUAUUAUCCAUCCACAUACUGAGAAAUCUUACCACUGACACUUCCUCAAGACAUUAAUCCUAUAAGGUAAAAUCAACUGCAAGUCUAUUAAUGCUGUUUGUAAACCACGUAAUGUGUUUUAACGACUGAAAGCUUACAAUCCUCAUCAAUCUGCCCACUGUUUGAUCCAUUAAUUGUAAAUUGCAGUUAAUACCUCAAAUCCAUAAAGCUAAGUCAUCUGUAUAUUGUGAUUUACCCAGGGAAUCCCAUUUUCCCAUCUCAGAGAAAAUAUCAUUAAUCAUAAUAUUAAAUAAUGAAUGGCUACAAAUACUGCCUUGUGGGAUUCCAUUCUCUAUCUCAUAGACACAAACAUGCCGACCUUUACUUGGACAGUCCAUACAAAAAAAAAACUCAGAAAAAUUAUACAAUGUCCCCCUUACUCCUAAUUUAAUCAAAAGUCCUUUCUUCCAUAUUAUUUCCCUUUUCAGUCUCAAGAAAUACUGCUAUUACAACAUCUUUAUUUAAUUGUGCUUUCCGAAUAUCAUCUUCCAAACCUAAAACUGAAUCUAAUGUCAUUUCACACUUCCAAAAUCCACUCUAAUAAAACACUUUAUCACCACUCUUUCCAAAAUAUAACUCAAGCGCUUGAUUACCAUACAUUCCAUAAGUUUACAUAAAUGAGACUUUCACUAUAGGCCCUUAACUAGAAGGAUCAAAUGGGGAUCUGCCAGGUUUUCAGGCACUACUAUUUCCAUUUUCCAUGAGGAAAGUAGAUGCACAAUUCAAAUAUUUAAUAUUUUACAAAUGCGAAUUAUAUACAAUUACAAUUUCAAAUAUCACUCUUUCCUGGAGACACCUGACCUGCAUUAUUAAUAGACUUCUUAAAUUCAUACAAACAAAUCUCUCCAUCAGUGAUACUAUCAUUGCUGCAGCUGACUUCCAGCACAUCAGGGUAUUCACUGAAAAACAGAUCCCUAUAUUGUUUAACUUCUUCACUUAAAUUAUCCUGAUUAUGAAUCUCUGCAAAUGACCCAGCCAGUAACACAACCUUCCAUGUUUCAGUAACAAUCAUUUUGCCCUCAAUAAUCAACACUGGAAUAUUAUGAUCCCCACAAAUCCCAUUUUCUAAAUCAUAUCCCAAACAAUUCCAAGUUUGAUAUCCCUUCAUAUAACCUCCAAUAAAUCACCUACUUCCUCACCACGGCCUUUGCCCUUUUAUUGUUAAUAAUGUAACUCGGAGACUGAUGCACCAUCACAUAAAAACUCACAUUUCUCCCAAUUUGCUUCCUGUCCCGUUAUAAAGCCAAAUCCAAACUCAUAAAGACUGGAAGGCUGACUGACGUUCACAUAAACUAAUCACCUUCCGAGUUCUCAUUUGAGCGACAGGCACUGCAGCCAAUGACAGCAGGGGUCAGUGUUAAGUCUGAGCUACGAUAGGCUGAAGGAAAUCGGCCCAUGACCAGCCCCUCCUCUUCCGCUCCAUCGCCAUGGCGGAUAUCAGCGAGUCGCUUCUGUCGGUGUCGCCGGCCUCGGCGCCCACAAGGACGGGUGUGAUUCCCCUUCGCGCCCCGGUGGGUCUGUUUCGGUGCCGUCUGUGGUGGCUGACGAAACAUGCUUUGACAGGGAGCGAGCGAGGUCCAAUGACUACAACUCCCAGAAGGCCCCACUGAUGACGUUGUGGUGUUGUUUCGGGCUUUCCCACCACAGAUGUAAGGCUCAAUGGUCUAUAAUUAUCGGGACUAUCCCUACUACCCUUUUUGAACAAGGGGACAACAUUCGCCUCCCUCCAAUACUCCGGUACCAUUCCCGUGGACAAUGAGGAGAUAAUGAUCUUCGCCAGAGGCUCAGCAAUCUAUUUCCUUGCCUCGGAUGCAGAACUGGGAAGCGCAGAUGGAGUUCAACACAGAUGAAGAGGUUCAUUUCUGCAGGUCAAAUUUGAACAAAGAAUAUAAUAUUAAUGUGAUCUUACUCCUGACGCCAGUCCCAGGACCCAACCCAUUUACAGACCCAGAGCAUAACGGGAGCAGAUCCUCAGCCACUGGUUUUCAUCCCCAGUCGCAAACUUUCCCACCACAGAUGGAAGGCUCAAUGGUCUAUAAUUAUCGGGACUAUCCCUACUACCCUUUUUGUACAAGGGGACAACAUUUGCCUCCCUCCAGUCCUCCGGUACCAUUCCCGUGGACAAUAAGGACAUAAUGAUCCUAGCCAGAGGCUCAGCAAUCUAUCUCCUCACCUCGGAUGCAGAACCGGAAAGUGGCAGAGGGAGUUCAACACAGCUGAAGAAGUUCAUUUCUGCAGGUCAAAUUUGAACACAGAAUAUAAUAUUAAUGGAGGAGGCAGCUUUUUUUGUGAACACAGUUCUUAAAUAUUCUCUCUCUCUCUUCGGCUGUCACUCAGAAUCCAGCUCCAGCCUCUUAAAGUGACACUCGGAGUUAAGGAAACAGGAGCUGGUAACAGGUGUGUCGGUUGCUUUGGGGUGCACACUGACUGGAGGGUAGAAGGUGGGUUUUUCGGUGAGCACAGAUUUGUGGGUGCACACCGAUUUGCAGAUAUGUGAAGAGUGGGUGUGUUUGCGGAUUCGGGGGUGCACUCUGACUGGAGGGUUGAAUGUGGUUUUUUUCGGUGAGCACAGAUUUGUGGGUGCACACCGAUUUGCAGAUAUGUGAAGAGUGGGUGUGUUGGCGGAUUCGGGGGUGAACACUGACUUGGGGGAACCGGUGGAUUUCGAGGUGUUACAAAUCUCAUGGUUUUUCCCUUUAUACGGACUUCAAUAAUAAAUGCAAUAUGAAAUUUGA